AUGCCUUCAGCAAAAUUGCUAGACAAUACCACGAUAUCACAAACAGAGAGCAAAAUACCCCUAGAACCUCAACCACCAACAACAAAGACACAAUCGGAAGAUUCCAAAGAUGCACUCCGUACAACUCCGCGGCAGCUUGCGUCGCCUCCCUCUUCACCCAUUCUUCCAACAGUGCUUCCUAAAGUCACGGAGGAAGACUUAAGGAAUGGUGCAAAGCUUGAUUUCGUGUCACAAUUUCGCCUGGAAGAAGCCAUCAAUGACCAAGCAGACGGCAAUGACAGUGAACCAGAUGUUGAAACCAACUUCAAAGCUCCAUCCAACGAGAGGUUCAGUAACGGACACAAGCCGUUGUCCAGGAACGAGGCGGAGAAUGACAACUCGGAGAAGGACGAGGUCUUGAAGCUUUCAGCCGAACAGAUAUAUGAGCUUACCUCCUCACCGAAAUCAUUACCAUUACAAGCGCCGCUUGAGCGAGCGCAUCAUCAUGAGGAGCCAAGGGGCCAUCCUCGCGAAACGAGAGCAAAGACGAUAGGGUCUUGGACGAACGGGGGAUACGAGGAUGUGGGCUACCAAGAAGGAGACCCUAUCCUUUCACAAGCCCAAACCACCAAAUUCGAAGAAUCAAGCACAGAGGUCCUCGACAAUUCUACUUCGAGCCCGCCACAAGCUACUGGCAAAUUGGGAAGACCUUUCUCAGGUGUACGCACGCUCUCAACGCCGCUCUUGCGAGGACGAGGUUCCAGCUCGAAGACCACGGAAUCUACUAAGCCAUUGGGUAGACAGAACAAAGGUGCCCCUCCAGCCCUGAAAUUUGAGGGCUUGAGCACUACAGGCAAGUUCUCCUCUGUGGAUGGAGCAGAACCUUCGCCUAUGCCCCAGUCCAUUCCCGUGCCUCCUCUGUCCUUACCUACCUACCUUCAGCUAGAGUUAUCAUCUGACCAUCCAUCUCCCCUCUACAUCCAUCGAUCUGCCACCAGUGAUUUUCCAUACGAAUCUUCCCGUGUCAAAAUUGAACGUCUAAAGAAUUUCAUGCUGCUGCCACCUCAAUUAGAGCAAGUGCUAUGGUUUGGAGCGUUGGCAUGCAUGGAUGCCUGGCUGUAUUCUUUCACGAUACUCCCUCUCAGAUUCAUCAAGGCACUCACCCUUCUCAUUCACUCCGGAUGCAGGAAUAUAUUACACGAGGGUAGGGAAAUCUUAUCUUACAUAUACGUGGGCUCCGGCAGGAUGUUAGCCAGACACCGUGCAGGGAGCCAUGGCGUAUCUCCUGCGGUGGCGCGGACUCCUGCAACGGCUGUCGAUGAGCGUACACCAACAAGACCGACGGCAGAACGUCCCGAAAGGCGACUGCUCGGAUCAUCACAGCCGAAAUCUCGGAAGUCUCAUGUGAGGCAUCAUCGGACAAAAUCCGUGCCGUCGACUUUACAGCCAGAUCACAAGGCUGAUAUACUUAAAGGGCUUCUCAUUCUGCUUAGCACAACUAUCUUGAUGUGUUUCGAUGCUAGCAGGAUGUAUCAUGGCAUUCGAGGACAAGCAGCCAUUAAACUUUAUGUAAUUUACAACGUACUCGAAGUUUGCGACCGCCUUUUCUCUGCCCUAGGCCAGGAUGUACUCGAGAGUCUAUUCUCGAGAGAGACACUUGAGCGAAAAGCUGAUGGGCGAAGCAAGGUGCUUCGACCUUUUUGGCUAUUCAUUCUCGCACUCGUGUACAACCUUGUUCACUCGACCUCUCUUUUCUACCAAGUCAUUACGUUGAAUGUUGCAGUCAACUCCUAUUCGAAUGCCUUGCUCACAUUGUUGAUGUCGAAUCAAUUUGUUGAGAUCAAAUCAACGGUUUUCAAGAAGUUUGAGAAAGAGAAUCUGUUCCAAUUGACGUGUGCUGACGUAGUCGAGCGAUUUCAACUUUGGCUGAUGCUCAUGAUCAUCGCUUCACGUAACAUCGUCGAGACAGGAGGCUUGAGUCUAGCGUUCUCUGGCGGGAGCUCUACUGGCGACGCAAAGGCCACUUCGGGCUCUUCAAUCCUGCCGAGCGCAUUCACCCUACUGCCAUCAUGGAGUGGUCAGGUCCUAGCCCCCUUUUUCCUGGUCCUCGGCUCGGAAAUGCUAGUUGAUUGGAUUAAGCACUCCUACAUAGCCAAAUUCAACAACACGAAGCCGGCGGUCUACGGCCGCUUUCUUGACGUUCUUGCAAAGGAUUACUACUCAAAUGCAUUUACUGAUCCAAACCUGACUCGACGGUUAGGCUUACCCGUCAUACCGUUGGCAUGUCUGUUCAUUAGAGCGUCGGUACAGACUUAUCAUAUGCUGCUUGCAACAUACGCACCACCGCCGAUCCCGUCAACAGCCACAUCUCUCUCAAUAGAUUCGGCAACGACGUCGCCAGCCACAACUGCAGCCUUAGCUCACAUUGACAAUAUUUUCAGACACGCGCUGUACCACUCUACUUCUUCCCAUACCUCGCCCUGGCCAUAUUAUCUGUUAGACUCUCUACUACCCUAUCUGGUGCCUCUGACCACGUUGUUGCUUAUGUUUAUAUUUCUACUAUCCAUUAAAGUGAUGCUAGGCAUGGCGCUACUUUCAUUUGCCCGGUCAAGGUAUCGAUCCAUGAAGGAGCGAGAAGGGGCAGGCACACAUGCAGAAGGCAGAAGAGUGGGCGGAUGGGGAGUCGUCGAGGUUGAUGAAGACAAAAGGCGGUGGAUUUACGCUGACGAUCCAGAAGGGGCCACAAGGCUGCGAGAGCGAGAGGUACGGGACAGUGAGAGGAUGAAGAGUGUUGAACAUGAUGAUUUCGGGGGAGUUUCGAGAUACAAUAUGGGUAAUUCAUUGAUCAACGGCCAGUUCAAACGAAUAGUAGCCGAGCCAACGGGUGUUCCCCAACAAGAUUGGAUUAACACAGUUCCCAAUGAUGGCUUUAUUUACUAUAGAAGCCUACUGAACAUGGAAAGGCUCAUGCCAACCACUCCACAAGUCCUCGCGGAGAUCUUAUCGUACAAGAGCUACGACUUUGCCAAACCUUCGACAUUGAGAGCUGGCCUUGGGCGAAUCCUAGGCGUUGGCCUUGUUCUUGCGGAAGGUGAUGAGCAUAGAAUGCAACGCAAGAACCUAAUGCCUGCUUUUGCGUUUCGUCAUGUAAAAGACUGCUAUCCCAUUUUCUGGGAUAAGUCUUGCAAAUUAGUGGCCAGAUUGAUGACAGAAGAAGUGGGCUCGCAGACCAAAGAAUCGCUGGAAUCGGGACCAGUAAAGGUCGAGAUUGCUAACUGGAUUUCCCGCGCAACUCUGGACAUAAUAGGCACCGCCGGCUUUGGGAAGGAUUUCAACGCACUGGACGAUCCAGAAAACGAGUUAAAUGCUACCUACCGGAAGGUGCUGCAACCGACCCGAGCAGGACAAAUGCUUGCAUUCAUGGGCAUGGUACUCCCGUCCUGGUUGAUUCGUUCACUUCCUGUUGCCACAAAUAACAAUAUCGCACAAGCUGCAGAAUACAUCAAGAAGGUUGCUCGUCAGCUUAUUGGUGACAAAAAGGAGAAGAUUCGCCUUGAAGGCAAACGUACAGAGACCGAUAUUCUCUCGGUAGCGCUCGAGUCAGGCGGUUUCACGGAUGAAGAGCUUGUAAACCAGCUGAUGACCUUUCUUGUGGCCGGUCAUGAGACUACCGCCACCGCAAUGACGUGGGGCCUCUAUCUCCUCUGCCAGAAUCCGAGCAUUCAAACUAGGUUACGGGAGGAAAUCCGAGCAACGAUACCAUCAAUUGAGGCAGGGGAGAAAAUGACACCUCAGACCCUGGAGUCCUGCAGUUAUCUUCACGCAUGCUGUAAUGAGAUCCUUCGUCUUUACGCCCCACUUCCUCUCACAGUGCGUGAAGCAGUACGAGACACCACAAUAAUGGGUCAACCUAUUGCCAAAGGCACAAAGGUUUUCACUUGCGUUUGGGCCAUUAAUACUUCCACCAAACUUUGGGGGCCUGAUGCUGCAUCGUUCAAUCCUGAUAGGUGGAUGGGCGCAGGAAGAGCAGGAAAUGGCGGCGCAGACAGCAACUACUCGUACAUGACGUUCUUACACGGUCCUAGAAGCUGUAUUGGGCAAGCUUUUGCCAAAGCUGAGUUCGCGUGCCUUUUAGCUGCAUUGGUUGGUAGAUUCGAGUUCGAGCUUGUGGAUAAGGAGAUGGAGAUUAGGAUCAAGGGAGGUAUCACCGCAAGACCACGAGAUGGCUUGACUGUGAAUAUGAAACCGAUUGAUGGGUGGUGA